AUUGGUAACUUUAACAUAUACGAGUAUUAAUCGCAUUCUAGCUUCGAUAUUAUAGUUUCAUUUCAUUGAGAAAACAUCUAACCUAAAAGUAUAAGCUUACAAAGUAUCGAUGAGAUAGGUACUAUUACCUAGUUAUUCUAGUCAGUCGUCUAGUCUGUACAUACAGCUGUGAUUAUUAAUUAUGGAGGUUUUAAAAUGCGUAUUUAUUCAACCUGGAAUUUUGAUUUUGAUCAAUUUUAUUUUUGUGUCUAGGGCUCUUUCCAAAGAAACGGAGUUAUUCGGAUUUUACCCAAACACAACAAUUAGCUCGUUUGAAAUUAAUGAAGAUGAAGAUGAAUUUUUUUUUAGAACGUUUGAAUAUGUAGCCAUUCAUACACUGGCUGUCGUUAAAUCUGUGAUUGGAUUCCAUGAUGAACUAUCCGCUGAAAUUAAGGAAAUCAAAGAUGAAAAAAUUAAAAGAUUGGAAAAUAAAAUCAAACAACUGGAAGAAAACGACGGCCGAUCAGAAGAAGAGAUUUCAAGUAUCGACGAAGAACAGCUAUUCGACUUGGAAAUUUUCAAUACAACAUCAGUAAAAUCCGAUGUCUACGACGAGCAUGAAUUUCGGCGAUCAUAUUACAGCAGGAAAAUGCCAGACGUUUUCAGGUUGAUUAAAUCGAAUCAAAAAUUAAUUGAUAAAAUGCAAAGUGUGAAAAAUGAAAUCGCAGCAGAUCGAUUUGUGUCAAAUUAUAUAAGAACCAAACAAACAUCGAGUGAAUCAAAAUUGGAAACCCUUCGUGAAGUUGUUUUGAAACUUAUGGAAAAACAAGUACCUCCUAAGAAUAUCAGGGAUUACGCAAGGUCGGCAAUCGAUUCGAUAAAUCUCAUUAUAGAACAACAUCGUGAAAGAUUUAAUUCCAUAAUAAAUGAAAUGGAUGAUAAAAUUCAUCUUUUGAACGAACGAAUCCGAGAGUUGGAGGAAAACAAACCAUCCAAAAGUUCUCAACACACCACACAUGAGGAACUCUAAAAAAUUGUGGAAGCUUUCAUUCGUUCCAGAAUUAUAUUUUGUUCGCUGAUAAUUGCGUUUGCUUUGUGUAAUUUGAACGUUCAAAAAAAUAUAUAUCAUUGUCGUUUAUUCACAAUAAACUGAUUUAUUUUA